UUGGACAAGCUAGGCAUCGAAAUGAACGGUCUUUCGUUUUCCGAGAUCUGCUGUUUGUUUUGUUGCCCACCUUGCCCGGGAAGAAUAGCGGCGAAAUUGGCUUUCCUUCCACCAGAUCCGACGUAUUCGUUUCAAGAUUUGGGCGAUGGAUGCUUUGGGCUUCAUCUUACCGAGAAAGCCGAGUGGCAGUAUGGCCAGAAAGAGUUAGAUUGUAUUGAGGUUUUCACGACGAAAACAAGCAAAGGAAAUCAAAUCGGGUGCAUGUACGUCCGAUGUGCCCCUAACGCUCGCUUUACACUCCUCUUCAGUCAUGGUAACGCCGUUGAUCUCGGACAAAUGUCAAGCUUUUAUGUGGGGCUUGGAACUAGGAUAAACUGCAAUAUAUUCUCGUACGAUUAUUCUGGCUACGGUGUUAGUCAAGGGAGACCUUCAGAAACGAAUCUUUAUGCUGAUAUCGAUGCCGCAUGGCAGGCGUUACGUACUCGCUAUGGAAUCAGCCCCGAGAAUAUAAUAGUGUACGGGCAAAGUAUAGGCACUGUUCCCACUGUAGAUUUGGCUUCAAGAUUUGAGUGUGCGGGAAUAAUCCUUCAUUCACCGCUCACUUCUGGAAUGAGAGUAGCCUUUCCCGACACUAAGAGAACGUGGUGUUUUGACGCUUUCCCAAGGUAAGUUUACAAAUUUGUGUCUAUGGAAUUCGUACAAGUUAAUUCGGCGCGCGCCUAGCUUUACUUCAGUUCACUGCGUUCGAUCAAAUCGAUCAAUCAUCAUUAGGCUGCAAAUCAAAAAUACAUUUCAACUUUUAUACGACAAACUUUGGGUUUUUACACAGGGGUAAAAAUUCCACUCAAAGAAAAUUCCAUUUUUACACUAACAACCUUGUAUUUUUAUUCUGGUCUGAAGUGACAUGUCCAAUAUUAUCUUCCAAAACAUUUCUUUGGCUUACUGUACGCAUAUUAUAAGCUUGUUCUAAAAAGGGUUGAGUACAGUUGACUGCAUACUAUCAACCUUGUUUUUGAUAUUUAAAACUGCGCUUUAAAUAAUAAUUGACUCCGGCCAACACCCGUUUCUUUGCGUCUAGAAUUUAUUCAUUUCAAUUUUUUGUAUGUACAUAAGAGAAAUGUAAAUAAUACAUUUCGCUCAAUGGCUACGAAUAAACAAAUGUAUAAUUCCUCUUUUGAAAUAAAGUAAUUUUGUUCCAUGAAUUACCCUGAGUACACCCUGUCUUUAACCAUCUUUUACAUGGUAGUUGAUUUCCAUUCCUUGAUAAUUCCCAUUAAUUUGAAAUGAUUGUGUUAGAAUUUGUAAAAAAAAAAACAAUCUUUAUUCCCUGAACCUCUCCUGUAAUCGUUUUUAGUUUGUUUAGUGGUAAUUAUACUAUAUCACUAGUUUAACUGCCCCAUAUCAAUGGGCCAAAUUUUAUAGAGUGGAUUACAAGUUUGGACGUGGUUGUUCCAAAACUUUAAUAGUGGUAGACCUAUUUUACAUUGCAUUUGAGUCAGACUUAAAAAUUCUGAAAUUGAUAAUCUUAAAGGUCAAGGGAAAAUAGGCAAUAUAAAUUACUUAAUGUGGUCAUUGGCACUCAUGGCAACCAGAUCAAGUGCUGAUAUUUUUCCAGCACUUUCCUGUACAAGAUUGGCAAACAACAAACUGUGGUUCGUUUACGUGUACAAAUAGUACUUCAUGAGCAGUGAACGUGACUGAGAAAUAUAAAAAGUUCUGUGAUCUCUAGGAGAUAAUAUAUCCUGGUAAAAGAUUUAUUAAUUUGUCUAAAUUUUGAACAGCCAAAAGUAAAAGGAGUUUUGACUGGUUGAAGUCGGUUGGUCAUGUGCAGUAACGAAAAAAACCCGUGUUCUUCUGGGUUAUCAAAAGAAGCUGGCUGUUGGCAAAAAUCGCCGUAUCUGGUGAUAUCAAGGAGCUACAUGGCUGCACUACAUAGCAUAUUACCCUGCCUAAGUUCUUCAAAACCUUAUGUAGCAGGGUACGAACAAUGCAAAACCGCACAGAAAUACGUAUAAUCAUGGCACAGAAUAACAUAAGAAAACUGCAAACUGAAUUGAAAUUACCAGAAAAUUUCUAAAUACUGCAAACUGCUUGGUCUUUUAAAACUACAACUGAAAAUAGAAAUUUCCCAAAAUUGCAUCAUUGCAAACCCUUACACCAACCCCCCCCCCCCCCCUCCUUAUGGCCAUGCUGCUGGUUUUUAUGUGGCUUCCAAAUAUCACAAUCCACACUGAACCUCAAUUUCUGUUGUCAACUGUGUACAUGUAUAUUGAGUGACAGGACUUUGUCUUGGAAGGGAAGAAAUGAGGACAAAGGGUGCUAAGGAGGAAAAAAUAGUAAAGGGAGUAAAAUGUAAACACGUAGCCCUGCACUUCAUGGUGAUAGCCACACCUCAGGGCCGUGUAAACACAUAGCCCUGCACUUCAUGGUGAUAGCCACACCUCAGGGCCAUGUAAACACAUAGCCCUGCACUUCAUGGUGAUAGCCACACCUCAGGGCCAUGUAAACACAUAGCCCUGUACUUCAUGGUGAUAUCCACUCCUCAAGGCCAUGUAAACACAUAGCCCUGCACGUCAUGGUGAUAGUCACACCUCAAGGCCGUGCUUUAAGAAAAAUUGAAGGGAGCUGAAUGCUCUGAACCUGUGAAAUCCAGGCCAUUCAACAAAGCGUCUGCAAAGUCCUAGUACUUUUAUGUACUAUACUGUUGCCACUAAAUGUGAAAUGGUCGUAGUCACAAUAUUGAAUUAUAUAUAAAAUAUGCAUUCCACUUUCUUGAAGCAGCGAGUAACAAAAGCGUCACUGUUAUGCCAUAAAACCUACAAGAUCACUUUUUUUUACUUACAUGUGUUAUUGAUAACAUAUUUUUAUAUAAUCAAAACUACAUGUAGAACUAAAAUUCCCUGAUCUGAUUGGCAAUCUUUAGCACUGAUUACAGCAUUGAUAGGAAAAUGUAAUCAGUAGGAAGUUAUUUUUUUAUCACUCAUAUGGUUACAGACUGAACUGGGCUGCACUCGGUCCUAUUACGGGGUAACCUUGGUAUAACGAUCUGCUCUAUAACAAAGUCCUCAUUACAGUGAACAGUUUUCUUUACCCCAGUAGUAGUAAAAUGUAUGAAAAAGAACCUCGAUAUAUGAAACCUCAUUAUAGUGAACAAAUUUUGGCAAUCCCUUGGCCUCUCAUCAUAUCAAGGUUCUACUAUUUAUGAUUAUUUCUUAAUCCUUUUUUCAUUUUUUUGCAGCAUUGAGAAAGUGUCAAAAAUUGUGUCCCCAGUUCUUGUUAUUCAUGGAACUGAGGAUGAAGUUAUAGAUUUCUCCCAUGGAUUAGCCAUCUAUGAGCGAUGUCCACGCACGGUUGAUCCCCUUUGGGUUGAAGGAGCAGGUCAUAAUGACGUUGAACUGUAUGGUCAAUAUCUGGAAAGGUUGAAGCAAUUUAUACAGCAUGAACUAGUGACAAACUGAUUGAUAGGGUAAAAAAUAUUAUUUGAUAUUUACAGAAAUGUUGUCCGUUAUUUUUUUGGAAAUUGAUUUUCAUUGAUUGUCGAGUAGCUUUGCCUAGGAAAUGUUUUUGAGUAGGAAAAGGAUGAAUGUGAAGAUAGUUCAAAUUUGGUAUGAUGGUUGUGUUAAUUUUAGAAUAAUUUUAUCGGUGAAAAUAAAUGCUCUACUGUAAUGGUAAUAUAUAUACUUACCUCCUUUCAUGAAUUAUUAUUAUUAUCAAUUUAUUAUUGUUAAUAGUACUAGUUUAAGUCGAUGAGCUUUGUUAUGCAUAAAUGCAAUUUUACAACAUCAUUAGAGAACAAUUAUCAUUGUUGCUCAUUGGUAAUGUUUAAGAUAUUGUAUUUCUCUGUUUGAUUCAGAGUUUGUUUCUGCAUAGAGCCAUGUUUUGCCUAUUAGCUAACACUUAAAUGUAAAUCUUGAAUUCCGUUUCGAGCACAUCAGUUUUUUUCUUACUCUAUUUUCCAGUGUAACUUUCAGUGCAUCACAACCUUUAUCUUAAAUUACUGUUAAAUUAAGCUAUCAUCGUUAUUUCUUUUUGUCAAUGCAGUGUUAAGAUCUUUGUCUAGCACAGUUGGUGAUUCUAAAUGUAUGUUAUAUCGCUUCUCUGGUGACCUUAAAAUGGGGCAAAUUUAGUGCAUUCUUCAAACUAAAGGGUUUUCUAUGGUUUUGUGUCUAUUCAUCCAAUGAAAGCAUGACACUCCUGAGAUUGAUAAGGGCAUGUACAGUAAAACACUCACCUGGAAUAUGACCUGUUGUUUGGCCCAACACUAACAGUGGAUUCAUUUGUAACAUAGCUUUUUAGUGGACACAUUUACAUUGUAACCCUUGGAAUUUUUAUUGGGCAAGAUUAAUAAAAACUUCAGGCUAGGAUAGAAAGUGUUGGCUAUAUGCGUAUGCUUCAAAAUGAGUCUACCCUAAGUCAAUAAUUGAAUCAUCAUUAAAAGUUUAGAUUUAAGCAUUUCUUGAAAAUGUAGUUCCUUUAAAAUGACCAUUGUUCUUAAUUGCAGAGGAUGAUAUUUCAGUCAAACAAAAUCUUGGACAUUUUGCAUUAUUAAUGUGGUUAAGUAUGGGCGGUAUGGCAUUGAUCAAAACAUUGUUGGUUUCAUGCCCUAAACAUUAUGAUUUCUUUGGUGAAAAUAACACAGAACUACAGAAAACUGUUUCAGUCUUUAAAGUAGAAGUUAAACUUUGUUCUUUAAGGGCAAAUGUUAAUAAUGCUCUGUUGAAUAUUUUUGUAAGUAUGUUCAACCGUAAAAGUUUACCUAUGAAGCUCUUUAUGUGUGCUAACAUUAUUUAAUAAUGUAUGAAGAGUGGGUGAGAGUUUCACGUUUUGAGUAACGCUGGUUCUUAUAAUCAUCUUCCUUUCUUCUUUCUGUCUGAUAAUAAUGCCAGUUGUGAUGGCCUAAUUUCUACCAUUACUAACUUCAUAGUGGCAGUCCUUGUGAUCCAACACAGCGUUUUCAAGUUGCAAUUUUUAAAGUUGCUUCUGUAAAAUAGCAAUUUGUGCUGUUGUGAAAUUUGUUGUGAGAACUUUGGCUUUAUUAGAAACUACUCUGAAUAAUGAAUUAUAAUAAUUAGAUGUUAGCCUUGGUGCUUUGAAGCCCUGAAUUUAUAAAAUGUAACAUUUAUCUUUUCAACGCAGAACUCCAAAAAGUAAAAGGAUAUGGUGCUACAAAUGUUGUCCCACAAAUAUUGUAAAUAGGUUUUCUAUGACUGCUAAACAUAUUCAGGAAUAGUAAGCCCCUUAAUUUCCAACAGUUAUCAAUAUUAUUGGUCGUUUGUUUACUGACUGUAGAUAGCGUAAGAAAAAGAAACAGAAAAUCUACAAUGACCCAGAUUCAAACAACUGGGCAAAAUAACUUUCUCUGCAUCAAAAGUUUAUUUUGUGAUCUUCCACUUGUGUUACCUAGACUCCAAUAAUAUCUGCAGCAGGCAGCAGAUAUGGAUUCUUUCCAUAACUGUUUAGAGGUUAAUUUUUUUCAUUAAAUUUGUCCCUUAUUCAAAAUGUUCGUUAAGUUUUUUUAGUGUCAAAUAAAUUCAGAUCUUUGCAUUAUGAACCAACUUUAUGGACAAUAAAAAAUUGAAAAGACUUCAGCAUUUUACCUUUCUUGAAGAACAAUAAAGAUUUACUUGUCAAUGAAUGUGUAAAUACAGAGGAAAGAUCAAUAAAGUGGAUUGCAAUAGUGACUUGACGAGAUGCAACUGUCACCUGUUAAGUGUUGGGUAAUAGAUUGUGUUUCCAGUAGUUUUAAUUUAUUUUUCUUGGUCCAGGUUGUGCAG